AUGUUUUCUAGUCCACAAUUAUCUAAACAAAGUCCUAACAAUAAACUAUUCCUUACACUUAUGCUCAUUUUAGGCUAUGAUAUGAUGGUUGGAGUUUUCAUUGGGGAUGGGAUUCAAGAUUUAGAUUAUUUGGCUGUUUCUGCACAUCAAUAUAUUCAUAGAGGAAAUGUAUCUAAAUACGACUGGCAAAUUGAAGCACUUUGGGCAAUACAUGAGUACUAG